AUGGGCAUCAAACGCAAACACACCGACGAUGCUUCUCCUACAUCAAUCUCCAGCGCCGGCUUCGUCUCAACACCAGACGCUCAGUCACCCACACCCUACCCCCAAUUCGACGGCACGAUGGAAAUGGACACCGAAAUACUACCACGAAUCCAUGGUUGGGAUUUCUCCCGCGCGCACCGAGUAAAAAGCAGCGAUUGGGGAAACCGAACGCGCAAACGAGUCCGUGACAACCGACCUGACGAGCGCGCUGUCCACGAAAACACAGUCCACAAGCUCUUCCUCGCGCAACGGCAACACCCUCACGCCUCCCCAGCUCCUCCCGGCCCUCUGCCUGCCACACAGCCUGCCAUUGUAGUCUCGAAACCGCAGAAAUCCACACUGCACUCCUUCUGGAACAUCUCUGCCGCGCCGGUCCAAACACCCAUCUUCUCGUACCACACCGCACCGCAGCAGCGUGAGCACGAAGGGCCGCGGUGUGAGGACUGUGAUGCACGCCUUGCGGUUGAUGUGGGGGUCAUGGAUGUUGAUAUGGAGAUGGAUAGUGCAGAAGGUGCGAGCCAAUUCGCAUGCUGUGAGUGUGGCAGGAAUGUCUGCGGAACUUGCGCUGUGGUCUCAGAGGCGAGGCAUUGCUUGCAGUGCGCUACGCGUGGAUAUUGA